CUUAUGAUUGAUUGGAUAAGAAAAGUUUAAGAAUGUUCUUAACAAUUGUGAUUAUUGAACAUAGUAUGCUGUUUUAAUUAAAUCCGUUUUUCUUGAUCAAUUUUUUCAUUUUAAAACUGAAUAGCACCAUGGAAAUUUAUCAUUAAAAUAAUGAGAAUCACCUUGUGUUUAUUAGUAAUAUUGGCAUUAGCAAAUGCUACGUCUAAAUUCAAUUUAGAUUAUAGUAAAAAGAGAUCAAUAGCAGCUGUUUUAGCUGAAGUAGAAGUAAAAUUGAAGAACAAAUCCCCUCUUGAGGCAAUUUUAAAUGUUUUAAGAGAUUUCAGAGAUGCAGUGAAUACAGAAUAGGUAAAUCAUGAUGAAAUAUACAAUAUUUAAUAAGUUGAAUGUGCUUCUGAAAAUGAAUUCCGUAGAGCUGAAGUCUAAGAAGCAAGUAAUGUCUUAAGAGAUUCAACAGCUGCCUUAAAUGUUGCAUAAACAUCAAAGAUUAGAGCAACAAAUUAAUAAGAAGUCAACUAAUAAUAAUAUUUCUCAGCUUAAGAACAUUUGACCUCAGUUUAAAAUUCUGCAGAAGGUGAAGCUGGAUACUUUAAAAAAAGAGGAAGAGAUUAUGAAGAUGCUCUUCAUGCUAUUGAUGAAGCUUCAGAUAUUUUAGCUUCUAUCUAUAGUGGAUCUGGAUCAUUCAUUGAAAUCAAUAGAGUUGCUAAAAUCAUGCUCUAAAGUGCCUUCAAUAUUAAAGAAACUGCUAGAUUUGCUCCAAUCUUUUAUGCUUUUUCAUAAUUAGCUACUUCAGAAGGAUAAUUAGAUGAAUCAGCACUUGAAAGAGUUGCUUAACUCUUAGAAACCUUAAGAGCCAAUAUCUAAGAAGCAUAUAAUGAUUAUGCUGAAUCAAAUGCUGUCUCAGUUGCUGCUUUCAAUGAUUAAAAAGAAAGAUUAGGAUAAACUAUUGCUAGACUUGAAGCAUAAAAUGAAAGAUUAUAAAAUAAAUUAGAUUCUUUGAAUCAAUAAAUUGGAUCUUAAUCUGCUAUUGCUUAAAAAGCAUCAGGUAAAUAAUAAAGAAAUCAAUAAUUAUGGGAUUAAGCUUAAGCUUUAUGUUCAACUUUUGCUAAUGAAUAUAAUUAUGCUACCUAAGCUAGAAGAAAUGAAAUCUAAUUAGUUGCUUAAUUAGAAGAAUUAGUUGAGUCCAGAUUUAAUUAAGUUGAUGAUGAAAAUCAUGAAAGAAAUUAAAGAAUUGCUAGCCAUGCUUGA